AUGCACGCCGUGGCGUCGACGCCGUGCGCCGCCGCCGCCGCCGCGCGCGGACGCGGUCGUCGUCGUCGUCCCGAAGACGCGGCGCGAGGAGGAGGAGGAGGAGGAGGAUGCGAGAACGCGUCGUCGUGGUCGUCGUCGUGUCGUCGGUGGGAAGUCGCGCCGUCGCCGCGGCGCCUCCUCGCGACGCCCCGCCGCGCGACGCCGCGGCUCCGCGCGCUCCGCGGGGACGAAUGGAAGGCGAUCGCGCCGCCAGGGUUUACGCCGUCCGCGUUAAAUCUCUCCUACGACGAGCACGAGGCCGACGCGCUGUUCGAACGCGUGACGGAGGUGAUGGACGAGGUGGACGUCGACGCGCAGUCCGCGCCGGGCGGAGGCGUGAAGCUCACGGCGUCGCAGAAGCGCGCGCUGGACGCGUUCUGGCUGUCGUGCGGCGUCGCGAGCGCGUCGCACCGCGCGUCGCUGGUGCGCGAGGGCGGGAAGCGCGGCCUGUUCCGCGACCCGCGACGGGUGGUGGAGCGCGUGACGGAGCUGGAGGAUUCGCUGUGGCGCGCCGUCGGCAUCUCGGAGAUCGACGUCGGACUCUGCGUCGGGCGGUUCCCCAAGGUGCUGUUCUUCGAGCCGGACUUUCUGAUCGAGCGCCUGAGGCUCCUGCGCGACCUCCUGCCGAACGUCAACCUGCGGAAGGUCAUCGAGCGGAACCCGCAGGUGCUCGGGAUGGACAUGACGUGCACGCUGCCGGCGAAGAUGCGCGAGCUCUCCGUGCUUCUGCCGCACGUGGACGUCAUCCACCUCAUCGAGACGCACCCGAAGAUUCUCUCCACGAACGUCAGCGGGAACGUCGCGGGUAACCUGAGACAGCUGAAACGUCUCAUGAGCGAGGUUGGCGUGGAAGACAUAGGCGUCGAGAUGAUGGUCACGCGCGCGCCGAGGUUGCUCACGUCGGACGUCGACGGCACCGUGCGCGAACGCAUGCGCGCGAUCGAACGCGCGUCGCCGGGGACGUUUCGGCGGUACGCGGAUAAGCCCGCGAGCGCGGCGAGGAUGCUGUGUGCGAGCGAGAAGGUCAUCGACAGGAUCGCGUUCUUGCACGAGACGGUGGAGGAAGGGGAGAGAGGGAGCGAGAUCGCCGCGGUGAACGCUCCCGCGGGGACGUUUUCGAAGAAGCAUCCGGGAUUCGAAGCGUGGCAGCGAGAGCGCUCGAAGGCGCGGGAGAGAGAAAGGAGCGCGGAUACGGGCGCUCUCUAG